GUCAGACGGCGCAGUAUGGACACUCAUCAGGCUUUAGUAUAAGCAGCGCGCCCCGUAAUUCUUCACCCUGCCUUCUCCGGUCUGGCCUACGCUUGUUGUCUUGAGCUGCGAUGUUAGUCUUGUGCAGCCUUGCUUUCAUCUCUCUCUCCGCUCACAGUGUUUCCGGCAUAAGUACCGGCAAUGUCAACACUACAGAUACUGUAGGGUUUGUAAAAGAGGACAAUCAACGGGAUACCAUAUCCCUGCUUAUAAGCUGCUUCGCCACACUCGGUUUAUGUGUUUAUUCGGCUGUGCACUUGAACGUACCGCGCAAAGCCGAAGGCAAUUGCCGGGUACUACUAAGAGAGCUUCAAUGGUGCAUUCUGGGCCUGUUCGCACCAGAGUUGAUGGUGUACACAGCCUGGCGACAACUAGCGUCUGCGCGGCAGCUGUGUUUGGAGAUAGAAGAGGCAGAACAGAAGAAGGAAGAUGGGGCGAAAGCCCUCGAAAAAACGGCAGUAAUAUCGGGAGACCAUGACCAGCACCGACAUACACCAUGGACUAUUCCACAUGGAUUCUACGGCACAAUGGGUGGAUUCGCCCUCGAUAUUGACGAUACCGACUCUCGGAGCGCGGUCUUGUUCAAUGGUGCUAAACGCCUGACCCUAACUGCCAAAGGAGUUGCAUUACUCGCGCAGUGCGGACAUAUCCCAUACGUCUCCCUCGACGAUAUCAAAGACAAGAACAAAGCAGACGGCCUUGCUAAGCUUCUCGUGUGCAUUCAGGCCGGGUGGAUGAUUGUUCAGGUCAUCAGUCGGACUGCGUCUGGGCUGCCAACUACUUUACUCGAAGUACACGUUGUCGCUCACGUCGUUUGCGCCCUCAUCAUGUACAUUCUCUGGUGGCACAAACCUCGCCAGGUGACAUCUCCAACGUUACUCAAAGGAGACUGGCUACCUUUGACUGCGUACUUGUAUCUGGCGAGUCGAAUGAGUGGCAAGGUACCACAGGGCAUGUUUGCGAUAUUUCGGGUCGCCACGCCAGAACUAGAAAAGAUGGCUUACUUUGGAGAAGAAGAGACAAGACUUGAAGAUCAUGAACCUGUCGGAUGCAGCAGUAGAGCGCAACCUCAUGCGUCUGGUCAUCUCGGGACUCGUCCUAACAUUCAGCAUUCGGAGCGAGACUGCGAAACGACUGUGCGGGAUCCUGAGACCGAAGCCGGUUCCGAAUUGAGACGUCUUGCCGAAGACGCUUUGCUGCUAUAUCCAGUUCUACGAACUCGCUUCGCUCCAGCUCGCGAACGGGCUAUCUCGGGUUCUACACACAGCAUACCCUACGUUACCGAACUCGUACAACCACAUGCUCUGGACUGGCCAAACGAUGGUCUACUCCGUCGCACCCAAUCUUUGAUCAUGGGGAUGGUAUUGUGGGGAGCUUCAACUGCGUAUGGUGCGAUACACGUUGCAGCUUGGAACUAUUUCUUUCCUAGUGAGCUAGAGCAGCUAUUCUGGCGAUUGAGUUCCAUAUGGGUCACUUUCUGUGCCGCGUUUUGGCUGGUUACCAAUCUCCUAGCUUAUGUUUUCCCGUUCAUUGACACGAUCUGGGUCGCUUACAACAAGCGGUCGCUUGGCUGGCUUAGCACUGUGGUCAUUACACUUUUAUGUAUACUUUGUGGGGAAUGUGCCCAAAGGCGUGUAUGAGACGCCGGCGUGGUCGCAGGUUUUCCCUCAUUUAUAGACUUGACUGUCCAUCUUCACUAUAUGCAAUCGCUUCCAAGAUCAGUCAAUCCACGUAUAUCUGAUAGCAAAGAUGAUCUAUAUCAGGAGAUGAAGAAGUAAGUCCCCAUUUACCAGAGGGUAAUUAUCUCCACAGAACUCUCAUCCAAGAUUUAACUCAAAUCGCUUUCAGUUUCAACACGUUGACGU